AUGCUCGACCAUGGCUGCAAAAUCUUUAGCCUCUUCUUUCUGGCCCUCCUCCCCCACGGAUCUAACACGGCAACAAUGCCCGAGAUGUUUGAUUAUAUCGUCGUUGGUGGUGGUCAGGCAGGCAUGGCUGUAGCAUCUCGCCUGUCCGAAGACCCAUCGUUGACGGUUCUCGUACUCGAGGCUGGUGGCACAGGCAUUAACAACACCGGCAUAAGUAUACCCGGAUUAGUAGGAACUACCCUUGGUACGGACAUUGAUUGGAAGUAUUCCACAAUUCCUCAAGCAGGCGCCAACGAACGCCAAGUCUAUUAUCCUCGAGGAAAAGUUCUUGGUGGCUCGUCAGCUAUCAACUUUCUUAUCAGUACCAAGGCCGAGAAGAACGAUUACAACGCCAUUGAGAAACUGGGCAACCCGGGAUGGGGAUGGUCUGAGAUUGACCGUGCAUCAAAGAAGAGCGAGCACCUCGUCAUUCCACCACCGGAUUCGCCUUACCUUUAUAACCCGCUCUAUCAUGGGCUCUCCGGUCCAGUCGCUAGCUCAUUCCCAAAAUAUGUUCCACCCCAAUUCGAGCCUUACUUCUCUGCCGCGAGCAUGGCAUCCGUUGCUGAGCGAGCUAUCGAAACCACCGACCCAUUCGGCGGUGAUUUAGAGGGAGCUUACAUAUUCCCUUCAGCUAUCGAUGCUCACAGCGCCCGAGUGACCAGUGCCACUGCAUACUAUUUCCCCAACCAGGCCCGUCCCAAUCUGGUGGUACGAACUGAUGCUGAGGUGAACAAACUUAUUAGCAAGAAGACUGAGGGACAAGCCCUUCAAAUUGUCGGAGUCGAAUAUUCUAGCCUUGGAACGGUGUCUCGUGCGAUGGUCAACAAGGAAGUCGUCAUGAGUGCCGGGUCUAUUGGCACUCCAGCAAUUCUCGAAAGAAGUGGCAUUGGGAAAUCAAGCAUUUUGCAAGACUUGAAGAUCCCAGUGGCCCUUGAUCUCCCAGCUGUAGGCGCCAACCUUGCCGACCAUCCGGCUCUUUUAGGAACUUACCGGCUCAAGUCCGGGAUCGUAUCGUCUGAUGACCUCUUGAGGAACGCAACCUUCGCUGGAGAACAAACCUCUCUGUAUAUGACGACAGGUGGUGGUCUUCUCAGCCAUGGAAUCUCCCUCUUAGAUUAUCAAACCUUAAAGUCAAUCGUCACCCCCGAAGAAUUACUUGAAGGAAUGAAGCUUCUCAAACAUGAACCAAGCACUAUGUCAGAAGAGCAGUUCCACGCUAUCACUGACCGAAUCCUAAACGGAGUUGCCGUCGAAUUCUUGUUGAUUAAUGCCUUCUUUGAGUCGCACAACCUUCCGGACCCAAAUACCUCUUACUUGACCAUUGCUACCACACUCCAACAUCCUCUAUCUCGAGGAUCAUCGCAUAUCCAUGGUCAAGAUCCUUCCCAAGCGCCUCUCAUUGAUCCAGGUUUCUUGUCUCACCCCUUCGAUGCAUGGUUAAUGGUCAAAGCUGCCAAACACGCCCGAAAGAUUAUGGAACAACCGCAGUACAAGAAGGUGAUCCUGAAUGAGCACUUCCCAGGCCCAUCCGUCCAAUCUGAUGCGGAAUGGCUAGUAAGCGUUAAAAACCGUGUUAGAACUGAAUAUCACCCUCUCGGUACUUGCGCAAUGAUGCCCAAGAGUCAAGCCGGUGUUGUCGACCCUCAACUUAAGGUGUACGGUACCCAAAAUUUGAGAAUUGUGGAUGCUAGUGUGAUUCCGAUUCAAAUUGGAGCUCACCCAGCACUCACAAUCUACGCAAUUGCUGAAAAAGCAGCUGAGUUGAUCUUAAAACCUACCACUAAAACUCUGUUGCCAAGUGUUCUGUAAUAGUAGACCCUAUUUGUUAUUUUUUGAGGUUUUAUUAGUGUUUUCUUAUGUAUUAUUUGUAG